GAGAGAGAGAGAGAGAGAGAGCUUUUUCUCAUUUUCCUAUUCCUUCACGUUGUUGCUGUUGUUGUUGGUGUUGGUAUUUCCUCUUCGCACGCAUCUAGGGUUUCGAGAAACCCUCGAGAGAGAGAGAGAGAGAGAGAGAGAGAGGAGAGGGAGAAGGAAGGGUGUCUCUAAUGGCGGCGUCCUCUGCUGUUCUCCGAUCCGCGGCGUCGCACGUCCUCGGCGGAUCUCGCUUCGGCGGCGGCGGCGGCGGUGGGGCUUCGGAGCCGAUCAAGAUAUCUUGUGUGAGGAGUCUGAGCUCAGCCCCGAAUCAUUCCAGUGGUUUUGGUGCUGCCAUAUCCACCUCAUCACGAAAAUCAGUUGCAAGAAGCAUUCAGCCGAUCAAAGCCACAGCUACUGCAGCCCCCCCUUCUGUUCCAAAAUCGUCAAGUGGAGGAAAGACAAAGGUGGGCAUAAACGGUUUUGGCCGUAUUGGGAGGCUGGUCUUGCGCAUUGCUACCGCCAGAGAUGAUAUUGAAGUUGUUGCUGUGAAUGAUCCAUUUAUUGAUGCAAAAUACAUGGCUUACAUGUUCAAGUACGAUUCCACUCAUGGAUUAUUCAAGGGAACCAUCCAGGUAGUGGAUGAAUCUACUCUAGAAAUCAAUGGAAAGAGAAUUUCAGUCACGAACAAAAGAGAUCCUGCGGAAAUCCCUUGGGGCAAUCUUGGUGCAGAAUUUGUAGUUGAAUCUUCUGGCGUUUUUACGACAACGGAAAAGGCAUCAGCACACUUGAAGGGUGGUGCCAAGAAAGUGGUCAUAUCCGCUCCCUCUGCUGAUGCUCCCAUGUUUGUGGUUGGAGUGAAUGAGAAGACUUACCAACCAAGUAUGAAUGUUGUUUCCAACGCGAGUUGCACUACUAACUGUCUUGCUCCUCUAGCUAAGGUAGUGCAUGAGGAGUUUGGUAUUGUCGAAGGCCUAAUGACAACUGUUCAUGCAACAACAGCAACACAGAAGACUGUUGAUGGUCCUUCCAUGAAAGAUUGGCGAGGAGGCCGAGGGGCUGGUCAGAAUAUCAUUCCUAGUUCUACUGGUGCAGCAAAGGCUGUAGGAAAGGUCCUUCCGGAGCUAAACGGGAAGCUUACUGGCAUGGCGUUCCGUGUUCCCACACCUAACGUAUCUGUUGUGGACUUGACUUGCCGCAUCGAAAAAAGUGCUUCAUAUGAUGAUGUCAAAGCGGCUAUCAAGGCUGCUUCGGAAAGUGCACUGAAAGGCAUUCUUGGGUACACUGAUGAAGAUGUCGUCUCAAAUGAUUUUGUUGGCGAUUCAAGGUCGAGCAUAUUUGAUGCGAAGGCAGGUAUCGGGCUCAGCAAGUCUUUCAUGAAGCUCGUCUCUUGGUACGACAACGAGUGGGGUUACAGCAACCGCGUGCUAGACUUGAUCGGGCACAUGGCGCUGGUAUGCGCCCGCCGCUGAAGGAGCCGCAGCAGAAGCUCACACUGCUUCUCUCCGAGCCUCCGAAAUUAGUCGGCGGCGAUUUUGAGGGGAGAGUUUUGUUGUCAGAUAUAUCAUUUUUUUUGCCUUAACAAACCAAUUGUGGCUCAAUCACAAUACUAUAGAUUUUAAGUUAAACUUUAGAUAAACUUGAGGAACUGGGCUUGGAGAAUAAUAAUAAUCCCAGUGUUAGCAAAUCAAUAAUAAGUUAUUCAAAACUUUGAAUCUCAGUGGAUUCUAAUUUGGAACUUCCAAUUUGGUUGUUGUAUUAAAUGUUUGUUGUAUUUGAUGUUAUUUGAUGUUUGCUGCUUUUA